AAACAGGACACAACUUGCAUAAGAGAUGAGAACAAUGUCUGAUGAGACUGAGCAGAGAAUGUGCGACGAGGACUUUGGUUCGGACGAGGAGGGCGAGGAGGGAGACGUGGAAUCUUACCUGGAGGACAACAGCAGCGAGCUCAUGGACCGACUGAGAGAGCUGGAGGCUGAGAAUUCUGCUCUGAUGUUGGCAAAUGAGAGUCAGAGAGAGGCUUAUGAGAGAUGCUUGGAUGAGGUGGCCAAUCACGUGGUCCAGGCUCUGCUGAAUCAGAAGGAUCUGAGAGAGGAGUGCAUCAAACUGAAGAUGCUGGUGUUCGACCUGGAGAGACAGAACCGAGCGCUGUGUGAGCUUUUUCAGCAGAAACUGCCCAAUCACCCCACUGCUCACUACCAGGUCCAGGCGGGACCCCUCCCAGAGUACAAUGCACAGGUGCAAAAUGACUCUGCCAAACAGGUGGAGCCUGCACAGACUGAAGCACAAGCCAAGGGAAAUGGCUACCGCACACAGCAUGCCUCCCCAGGCCCUCGUGGCCCAGCCGCCUCCAUGGAGGCUCUGUCUCCCUUCUUCAAGAAGAAAGCACACAUCCUGGAAGUCUUGCGCAAGAUGGAGGAGACAGACCCUCUCAAGUUCCACCCAUCCACUGCAAGCUUGUCUUUCUGCGACUAUGGCCAGGUGCUCAUGUCCACAGAGGCUGUUCUGGCCACUGCGGACCCACUUCCACUACAGUGCAAAUCCCAUCACACCCACUGCCACUGCUCCUGCUCUGACACCGACACACACCAGCACGUCAACAGUGACGGGGCAGUGAAGUGUGAGGGAGGGAAUAUCUGCUGUUUACACUGCAAGAGGAGCCCAGACGGUCCUCCAAAGCCAUGCAACCACAUCUGUAAUCCUUCAGAAGCCAACUCCACCACCCAGGGCCAUGUAGUUCCCACAGCUGCUACGAGCGAAUGUCACAGUAAGAGCAGACCAGUGGAGUCUGCUCCCCCGUCCAAACAAUGCAACAAGAAUGAAGCCCACCAGCAAUCAGCAGACACCACGGCCCAAAUCAGAGCCUGA